AAAUCAGACUUGUAAAUGGAUCAUCGACCACUGAAGGCCGAGUGGAGAUUAUGUAUAGGGGUGUUUGGGGAUCAAUUUGUUUUGACGGUUGGGACGAUAGAGACGCUGCUGUUGUCUGUUUAAUGCUUGGAUUUUCAAGAAAAAGAUCGACAGCAGAGUCUUUCAAAAUAGUUGGCCAGCAAAGCAUUGCCGUUUGGAUGUCCGACGUUGAAUGCAGAGGGAGUGAAUUUGAUAUAUUUCAAUGUAAUCACUCAACAUUAAGACCCCAGAAAUGUAGUCAAAACCAAUACGCAGCAGUCAAUUGUACACAAGAUAAAAUAAGACUGGUAGGUGGUCAGACACCAGCGGAAGGACUAGUGAAGGUUUUCUAUAAUAGUUCAUGGGGAACAAUUUGCGAUAACAAAUGGGAUGAAAGAGAUGCUGCAGUUGUUUGUUUCAUGCUGGGAUUCUCAAGGCAAAAUGCUACAGCCGUUACCUCUUCUGUAUUUGGGUACGAAACUGGAAGGAUCUUGAUGAAUGACGUCAUGUGUAAUGGUGAUGAAGUGGAUUUGUUUCAGUGUAACAAUUCAUUUUUGAGGAUAAAAAAUUGUGAUCACAGUAAAGACGCUGGAGUAAUUUGUUCAACAGUUUCAGAUUUGGAAGAAGCUUCGAUAAAUUCUUCGGAAAAUUCUAUUUCCAAAGUUGAAGAUAUAACACACAUCAUAUAUAUCUCAGUUUCUGUGGCGGGAGUUGUGGUGCUCGUUGUUUGCUUGGUCAAAAUGGCACACAAAAGAAAGGGGAACAAAAGCAAGCAAAAUUCUGAGGCAAAUGUAAAAAAUACGCAUACUCUCGAAAACCCCUCUUACAAUAUGCCCCUUUAUGAGAACAAUGAUAAUUCAAAGCAAAAUAAGGCAGCUCAUACGUCGUGCAUGGCGGAUUGUGCAAAUGAAGACUAUGAAGCUAUUUUGGAAACCUGUACCGAUGAAGAUAUUUACACAACAAUUAUUUAACGUUACUAUGCAUAAAGUACAGUUCUAUGAUUUUUUAUUAGUCUUCCUCACAAGUGCCUAUAUGAUUAAAUACUUUAAUUCAAAAUGCAUUUUUCAUAUCAAACGUAACUAUUUCAUUUACUCAUUAUUUUCCAUUCGUCCAACGAACUAUUCCUUCUGUGAGUGUCUCGAUGAAAUAUUUGAGAAUCAUCAAACAAGUUAAUCUAUGUUAGAAAAUACUUUUUGCAUCCGAAUAUAGAUUAUGAAUUGGUUACAAAAAUUUGAAACUUAAGGGCAUAGAAUAAAAUUAUGCAUGGGAAAAUAGUAUUUUUCAAUUUUUAAAUCACAUCACUAAUAACUGGAAUAAUUUGUGUGUGUGUAUGUUUAUGUGUGUGCUGUGUUGUAUUCUAAACUGAAAAAAAGUUCAAAAUCCCUAUGUUUCAUGAAUUCACUCUAAAAUUUAAUAAAACUUCUAUGAGACAUCUUUUGCUGUAAAUUUGGUGAAUUUGAAUAUUUAUUUCUUUUACAACUUUAACAAAUCACUGUAUGAAAUGCACUAAGGCAAUCCAUACUUAGAUUUAAAAGAAGGUCAAUUUGAAGCAAAUUUCAAUUUUUUUAUGUUGAAUGUUGCAUAAUGUCUGAUCCAUGCAUGCUUUGAUGAAACAUUGUCAAUGAUGAUUAGCUGGUAUAUUUGCAGCAACUGAUAUGGAAACACAGUUAGGGUAUUAUGUGUCUUUUAUGAACAUUUAAGAUUAUUAUAUCAGUAGCUACAGUUAAUGAAAUUGGUCUGCCAAGGUGAUCCUAGUUUAACAUUUGAAUGGAGA